AUGGGCACCAAGAUUUGCAUGAAUGCAUCGUGUCAAACUUCAACGACUCAUGAAUGGAAGAGAGGUUGGCCUUUGCGAUCUGGCGGUCAUGCUCUUCUCUGCUACAAUUGCGGAUCUGCAUUUGAGGAUUCCCUUUUCUGUGAUACUUUCCACUCAGAGGAACCCGGAUGGAGGGAAUGCAAUAUAUGCAGCAAGCGUCUCCACUGUGGAUGCAUUGCCUCUAAGUUCUUGCUUGAACUUAUGGAUUAUGGGGGUGUUGGGUGUACUAGCUGUGCUAGGAGUUCUCGACUUCAUUCGAUGCAAAGUGAUGAGAUUCCUAAUGGAUUUGGCUCCUUGACAAGAAAUAAUGCUGGUGAUUUGGAGUCCAUUCCAGUUGAAAACACAGUGGCUGGUAAUAGCAAUGAUGAGGGAGGACUUGCUCAGUUGUGCAGGCUUAUAGAGGCUAAUGAACCCAGUCUAUUGCAUCCCUCCGAGAGAGCCAACGGUAAUGGAUGUCUUGGGCAACUCAGACAAGAAGAGAUCAUGCAUGCAAUUGGGGAUAUUAGCACAGGCUUCUCAAACAUGACUCAACCAUCAGUUGGAUCAUCUAAAUUCGCCAAACCAGACAAUAUGAGUUCAUUGUUAGACAUGAGAGAUAUACACAGUUCACUGUCUCAGCCAUCUCUGAGUAUGGCAUUGGGAGCUCCGUCAGGGGCAACAAAUUUUGCACCCUUUCCUGCUGGGCCUGUUGAAGGAAGGGAACAAGGCAAAACACCUUCCUUUCAGCAGGGACAAAGAUCUAGACCAAUAUUGCCCAAACCCUCAAAACCUGGCCUUUCUGCAAGUUCAGAGAACAACAAAGGUGCAGCUUCUGAGCUGCGGAUUGCAAGGCCACCUGCUGAGGGGCGUGGGAAGAAUCAGUUACUUCCUCGGUAUUGGCCAAGGAUCACUGACCAAGAGUUGCAGCAAUUAUCUGGAGAUUUGAACUCCAAUAUUGUGCCAUUGUUUGAGAAGAUUCUCAGUGCUAGUGAUGCUGGUCGAAUUGGUCGUUUGGUUCUCCCAAAAGCAUGUGCAGAAGCAUAUUUUCCUCCUAUUUCUCAAUCUGAAGGCAUUCCUUUAAGGAUUCAAGAUAUAAAAGGGAGAGAAUGGACGUUUCAGUUCAGAUUUUGGCCCAACAACAACAGUAGGAUGUAUGUGUUGGAGGGUGUAACCCCUUGCAUACACUCUAUGCAAUUAAAAGCGGGUGAUACAAUAACAUUUAGCCGGAUAGAUCCUGGAGGCAAACUUGUCAUGGGAUUUCGGAAGUCAACAAACAACAAUGAAGAUACACAGGACGCCCAAGCAUCUGGUCUUCCCGAUGGCACUGCUUCAGGGGAAACUUCUUUUUCUGCUGAUGGGGAUAUUGGCUGGAACAAUAAUGAGAACCAUGGGGGCAGGAUAAAUGGGGAUCUACUGCAGCAAAUAACAGCACCGACAGAGAAGAAAAGGACUCGAAAUAUUGGACCUAAAAGUAAGAGGUUACUCAUGCACAGUGAAGAUGCUAUGGAGCUAAGACUAACAUGGGAGGAAGCACAGGACUUGAUUCGUCCACCCCCAAGCGUGAAGCCAACAAUUGUCACUAUUGAGGACCAUGAAUUUGAAGAAUAUGAUGAGCCUCCAGUUUUUGGGAAGAGGACCAUAUUUACUUCUCGAUCAUCUGGGGGACAAGAACAGUGGGCUCAAUGUGAUGAUUGUUCUAAAUGGCGAAAGCUUCCUGUGGAUGCUCUUCUCCCUCCAAAAUGGACGUGCUCAGAGAAUGCUUGGGAUUCAAGCAGGUGUACAUGUUCUGCGCCUGAAGAGAUGACUUCAAAGGAUUUGGAUAAUCUUCUGAGAGUGAGCAAAGAAUUCAAGAAGCGAAGGAUUUUAGAAAGUCAAAAGCAGUUCCAUGAGUGUGAGCCUUCUGGCUUAGAUGCUCUGGCUAGUGCUGCAGUUUUAGGAGACAAUCUAGAUGAUUCAGGCGAGCCAUCAAUUGGAGCCACUACAAAGCAUCCCCGGCACCGCCCUGGUUGCACUUGCAUUGUUUGCAUUCAACCACCAAGCGGGAAAGGUAAGCACAAGCCCACAUGCACAUGUAAUGUGUGCAUGACUGUAAAGCGCCGUUUUAAAACCCUCAUGCUCCGCAAGAAGAAACGCCAAUCAGAACGUGAAGCAGAAAUUUCUCUGAAGGACAACAUGGAUUGCAAGGAGGAAUCAGAAGUGAAUGACACGAUGAUUCAUGAAGUGUUGCAUAUAAAUAAUUCAGAGAUUGAAGGAAAUCAAAGCAAAAAACAAACUGAGAAGCCAGAAACUAGUGCUGGACAAAUAGACCUAAACUGUCAUCCCAAUCGGGAGGACAUGUCGCUGGACAUACCAGGAUUGGGCACGAUGAACCUUGUUGACACAGCCAACUCACCGCUGGAUAGUUACAUUAAGCAAAAUGGGCUAUCAAGCUUGGUGUGGGAUCAACAUGGAGGGCCAGCUCAACAUAGUGGUGAGAGUCUGAGGCGCCUGUCUGAUGAAGCAUUUCUUGCAUCAAUAGGGUGGACUCACGAGAGCAGACGCGAUUGA